UAUAUUCUGAAACCCUUUAAAAUUUGAAAGUAGUGGGCAUUGGGGCUAUGACAUAAUGGCCAAAUUGCCGAAACCCGUAGUUGUAAACCAAAUUAGCAUUUACCUUCACAGCUAUGCCCAUGGUAUUCAUUAAGCUAACGAUUUGAAGUGUACUCUACAAUGUCAUAACGUUGUUUAUUUUGCGACUGUAGGCUCGUGUGGUGAUAUCCCUGGAAUUAAUUUUGAAGACUAAACAAAAUAUGAAUAAACAAAUGCUACAAGUUGAUUAAGCCAAUAUCAUGAUGAAUGGAAGAGAAGUUAUUUUACAAGGUGAGUUAUUUCAUGAUAUAAUAAUCAUGUAAAACUUGCGAUUAAUUGUCACUAUAUACUGCCGUAUGCAUAUGAACAAAGGCAACUUCGUUGAAAAUUAAUAGGAUCACAUUUCGUUUCAUAUGUAGCAAUGAUUAUAAUUUGCUUUAGAAAGCAGUUCAUGCCCAAAAUAAUCAUUUAUAUUUAGACUACUUUAUGCAUUUAUACGUCCUCUGUCUGCACGGCUGUCUUGAUCCAAAUCCAUGGAAAAUCCAGCCAUCCAAAAUGAUUGAGCUCUUACCUCGGAAUUAUUAGGAUUAUAUGGUCAUCGCCGUCAACGUUCAAUUAAGUUCCGAAUUCAUAGAAUUGUGCGAUGUGCUAUUUUCCCAGUAAAAUGUCUCGUACCCUUUACUCCAGCCCGCGCUGGCGGCCGGCACCACAGUUGUUCCCUGCGACAGCACAGCGACAAGCGAUGGACUCCAAGGGAAGAGAGCGCGGUAUUCUGAAGGUGGAUCCUCGGCUUCGGGUUGUCAUCGACAGCCCCCGCUCGGAGCUCACUCCACAGGGCUCUUGUGAGCAGCCGCCGGCCUCUCCUCAGCCGUCGGUGGACCGGCUGUCCGUGACGUGGGCGGAGCCAGGCAGCAUGUCGUCUUCGGGGGUCAACCUCUUCCACCUGCCCUCGGAGACACCCGUCAGCAAUGAAGUCAAGUUCUCUCCCACCGCUGGAGGUAAGAGCAGCAGUUUACUCUUUUUGCUUAAUUUUUUUUUGUCAGUUCUGUGCUUGCGAAAAGAUUUGUAGGUAAAUGCAAAGCGAUUUUUCUAAUUUAUUAUAGUAAUGCGAUUCUGAGCAGCGAUUUUGUAAGUCUGGUUAUGUGAUACGGAUUAACCAAUGUCAGACUACUAAAGAAAACAUCUAAUACCUAUCUUAACUAUUUUGAAGACUAUAUAGCACUCCAGCCUUAAUGAUUUUAAAAGUUAAUAUAAUUUGUGUUCUCUUGAAUCUUAUAUUUGAAAAAAGUUUUAGAUGAGGGAUGUCCUUUUUGAAACUCUUGUUGCGAAAGUAUUAUAGCAAAUACCUAGUAUAGUAUGCUAUGGAAUAUUAUACGGCAAAAAUUAAAAUUCGGCGAUAAAAAUAAUAAUAAACCAGAAAUAAAACAACAAACUUCCCAAAGCCAUAAAAACGACUCGUAACAUCUUAUUUUAGAGCUCAGUACAGGACCAUGUAAAACGGACCGCUAUUACCAUGGCUUCUCUGUCUGCCCCUCCGCCUGUCAUUAAGCAGUAUCUUAAUAACAGACGGACGGACAGACCACGACAGCUAGACAUUUGAACUUUACACAAAUGAUUGGUAUUCUGUUGCCACUAUAAAAAGAAAUAAUGAAAAUAUCUAACGAUUUUAGGGAUGGUCAUAAUUUUUUUGAGUAAACAAUAUUUAUUGCAAAUUUCUGCGUCUUAGCCUAUUCGUACGGAACCGUGAUUCUUGGGAGUCAGACUCGCACUCGACAAGUUUGGGCCCGACUGGCGUAAUUUGGAUCGACCUCUUUCGAGAAACAAGUUUUUUUUCGAAAAACAUGAGUUUACGGAGAAAGAUAUAAUUGAUUUCAAAUUAAAGACCGGAUCGCACCGGCCCAAGGGUCCACCGGCGAAAUAUAUGAAGGAGAGGAAUAAAAUGAUAAUUAUUACAACAUAUUAUAACUUAAUUGAUUAACGUGGGUGGUUUUUGUUGCAUUUGUGGCU